CAAAUCAUCACUGGCCCGAUUUUUGUUCUGUCCGAAUUCGCUUUUGGCAUUCAGAGUUCGCGCGUACAAUUGUUAGCAAUAGCGGCACCACUGCGCGUGUUGAAGAAUCGAAAAAACAGUUAAAAUAAAACAAUACUUGAAAACAAUAUUCAUUUGUUAGAAAACUCGUUUAUGAAGAGGAUUAGGCGCUGGUGUCGUAUAUAAUGUUGGCACAGGAAAUUGCACCGACGGAGAUUGGCAAACACGCAAACAUCAUCAGAGCUGCACAGGAAGACCUGGCCAACAUGGACGUGCUUGUGUGUGGACGCUGUCUGAGAGCCUACAACUUUGUUGAGGAGUUUCAGGCGCACAAGGAGGACGCUUGCGAAAAGGAGAACGCCAACAUGAAGGAGUCAAUAGAUACUAAGCCGACUAUCUGGGCAUUCACACUAUGGAAGGCCACGCAACAACACUUACGGAAGGAUGUCAAUUCAGGAAACUCCUGGGCCCUGUAUCAGCACUGGGUGAAGCUGGAGGAGAGCGUUCGGGAGCCUUGGAUCGUGGCCGGAAAGACAAUUCAGUCCUUUGGCAAAAUUGCUCACGGACAGCUCCAGGAUAUGCCAGUGCGCAUUACCAAGACUGUCGUCAAUCCCAACAACAACAACACAUCCAAUAGCAACAAAAACACGAGCGUCUCCCCCGUCAAAAAGUCCCCGUCCGGUAAGCUGCCCACGUUGGCUAAUCAGCUGAAGGACACGGAAAACGAACGACCUAAGUCGAAGCCGGGAACACCAACACCUACGCUUUCAUCAGCGUCUUCCGGCGGCGCAGUCAAGCCUAAUAACCGGAUAGCCAUUCGAAUUGAUUCCAAGACUGAGCAGCGCACUGAAGAGCCUGUGGAGAAGAUAGUUGCUAAGCGGUUUAAUCCCCGUCGGAAGACCCACGAGUAUUUGGUGAAGUGGGUGGAUCGCUCGCAUCAUGAAAACACUUGGGAGGUUAUGGCCAAUCUUGAGCGAGUUCCUUACUUUCUGCAGAUGUUCGAAAAGCAAUUGGCGCGCCAGAAACUUACCAGAGAGAAAGGUCUGGAUGCUUUGAAACGCUUGCAAACGCCUGGUACAUCCUCAAAACCGGAUGCUCCUGCGCCGCUGAGCCCAGCCCCAGCUCCAACCCAGAUAUCGCCAACUUCACGUCCCUCGCGCACUUCUAAAACAAAAGCCAUGGACUCGUUCAAGCAGUGGGUCAGUGAAACUGGUGGUGGGGAUGGUUCCACUUCUCCAUCGUCGGCUAACGAUGAUGAAUCUGCAACUGAACAGGAAUGGCCACCGGCAACUGGGCCCAGCGGAGGAAAGCGUAAACUAGACCACACAGACUCCAGCUUGGAGGGAAGUGGGCUGAACGACUCGAUGGAGCUUGAGGACCUCGAGGAGGAUUUGCCCUCGCACACCGUGAAGCGUUUAAAAAACGGAGGAAGCUCCGUGCAGUUGAACAAGCCAAGAGUUCAGCCCACGGAAAAGCAGCAAACUAAAAUCAAUGGCAACUCAACCGUCGUCAACACGUCCGUCACUGAGCAAAAGAUGGGUGAGAUUAUCUACACAGAGGACAGCACCAGCUCUGGAAUGUUUCGGAAGCCCGAGAUGCCAAAUACCCUGCAACUGAAAAAAGAAAAAGCCGAGUGUCCGGUACGUUAUCUUUCGCGCUCUGAGAUGGCCAGCAACACGAGAGGAGUUUUUAGGGUGGAUAAUGCGGAGCCGCCGCUCGCUCCUACCUCGCCUGCAGCACCAACGUUGCCUCAAAAGAUUAGCUCCCUGCCUGUGAGCGGUGGUAUUUCCAAGCGCCUACCCGUUGCUCGUGCAACAAAUUCUCCCAUUACAGUGGCUCAGCGUCAGCAGGUGCUGCGAACCCCUGGCCAGGGUCCCACGGGAACAGCUAUCCAGCGCCGGACUGUCGUGGGCGGCACCGCACAGGUGCGGCAAAACCAACAGCUGACACCGGCCCGUGCUCAUCCUGGUGGCCGGAUUCUAGCGCGCGCUGGAACGCCUCAGCAACGACAACCGACUGCAACUCAGCAGGGUGGCAAAGCAGUGACUCCCGAACAAAAGAUCCUUCAGCUUUCCAAGUCAGGUGAUCUGAAAGUCACCCGAAAGGUGGUCACUCGGGAGGAGAUGAUAGCGCAGCGUGCUUCCCAGGCCCGACAGCAGCGGCAAGUGCAGGCCCAGCAGCAGCAGGUGCAAAUACAGAAAGCCCCCGCAGGUCGUCAGAGAAUAGCUCCCAAAGCGAACAUCCAGCCGACACCACCUCAGAUGGAGAUAGAGGAGGAAGUGCAUCAGCACCAGGCUCAACUGUGCCCGAUUACCGGAAAGCUAAUUGGCCAAGAAGAGACGCAGCUACAAAUGGAGCAAGAACAGCAGCAAGAGCAACAACGUGAGCAGUUAGAGGCCGCGGCUCAGGCGCUAUUGGGAGACCAAUCAGUUCUUACUAAUGAAGAUGGAUCGGCUUUGUUGGUGCGGGGCGAGGAUGGUACCGUAUACCAAGUGGCCGGCAAAAAUGCCGAGGGCCAGACCAUACUGGUGACCCAAGGUCCGGAUGGCGAGCAACAGUUUGCUUAUGUCGCGGCCGCUGAGGGCGAUGACCAAGACGUUCUCUCUUUAGAUCAUGCGGUGGCCGAGGCCGUGCAGUCCGGCGAACAGGUUGAAGCGCACGGUGCGGCAGGAGCUGCAGCAGACGAGCAGAUUCUUGUGUCUAUGACAGAGGAGGAGCUGGCGCAGCACCAGGCCGCAGCGCUCCAGCAUGCAGAGGCAUCUGCAACCGGCACAGGAACCCCGGCUACGGCCCAAAUUCAUAUAACAACCUCCGACAGCGAUGGCACGGAAGCCCAGAUACCGGCCGAAGUAGUCCAGGCGGACCUUCCUUCUCCCGGGGGCACCCGACGCGUCGUUUUGCUGCUUCAGGACGGAACUUUUAUGAUGACUGAGAUGCACGAGGAACAGUUCAAGACGCUCAACAUCCCGACGUAAAGAUAUGUUAAUAUAUAAAUACCAUUUAGGCGAUUAUUUAAGUGGAUGAUAUUGAAGACACUUUGCUGCUGUUGGGUCAAUAGUCCCACCUUCAGUUUAGCUUAGCCUAAGUCACAUACUCUAGACCGCAAUCCGGAUCGUUCUGGAAGUUGAGUAUAUUGGAGAUUAGAGUGCGGCCCUUCUAGCCAAACGAGUAUUUGUCGGGCUAAAUAAAGGAUGGAAGUUAAUAAAACCAUAAACGCACGUCAAUCAUGGGGAAAGCAUAUGCACGGUUUUCCUGCUUUCAAAUCGGCUGCAUAUUCGCAUGAACAAAUACAAUAGCAACACAUUUCACACUAAUUAUAAGGAAAUAUAAUAAAUAAAAGUAAAUACGUCAAAUA